CAGACACGAGUUAUAGAUGGAGAAUCGUAACAAAUAACACUAUUGGAACUACAGUACAUCGCUGACUCGAAACACGGGCAAAUGGGGAGAUCGAUUUCGGAACCGAAAACAAGCUUUCCAGAAAGAAUUGUCACAGUCGAACACGGGCCAUUCGAGGAAAAACGAAAACCCGGGUGUGGGUGUGAUGGUACGGAUCGGAGUCCCAACCAAACCAAACCAAAUCGAACCCACCCCUUUUACAACAACAGGUGGAGGGUUCGUUGGUUGGUUGCCUCCUCGGGGUGUCCCCUCGGGCGCGUUUUGGUGCGAACCCGUUUUGCCACAACCACACGCCACAAAGGCAAUAUUCGGGGUACGAAUUAUGCUGCAAGCGAAAUCGCUGGGCGCGUGCGUGGUGUCGAUGCCGGUCCCCUCACAGGAAGGCAGGGGGCGGUUCCACAACCAACCACUCGAACCAUCGGGCCGAACACUGCGGUUCGGUUCGUUUCGUUUCGUUUCCCUUUGCGUUGCGUUCCGUUCGCGUCUCGUCUAAUCUCACGAGGCCGUCCACCGCAUCAGGGGCUGGCUGUUGGGCCCCCGCAGGGGCUCGCCGCUCGGUGCCUUGGCGGUCUGUGUUCGUUUGGCCCUGCCUCCCUUCUGCUUGCGGGCGCGCUGCUCGGCCGCCUCUAGGACCGCGGCCCGCCGCUCCGAUUUCGUGGGAUCAAGGGCCGGCUCUGGAACGGACGAUCCCAGCCGGUGUCCCUGUGUGUGUGUGUGUGUGUGUGUGCGUGCGGCAACGGGCGGGGCAAACGGCGACAAAGGGUUCCGGGAAGGGGUGAGAACGGGGCGAAAGAGAAAAAGACGACGGCGGCGACCGCACCAUCACCGGGGCACGAGAGCGAAAGACCGUCAAGAAAAAACGGUGCCCUUUCACGCAACGCAACGCAACAAUACUCAACUGAACUCAACUGAACUCAACUCAACUGAACUCAACUCACCGCUCCCGGGAAGGCCUGUUUCGCUUUCGCUUUCGCCCUCGGUUUCGACGAUGAGGAUUUUGCGGAAGCGCUGCCUUCGGCGACCCCCGCGUUUGAGCUCAUGCAAGACCCCAUGGCGAGGUUUGGAUUGGAUUGGAUGUCGGUGGAACCGGACGGAACGAAUCGAAUCGAAUCUAAUCGAAUCGAAUCCAAUCGAGUUUUGGGUCACCAGUGGGUUUCAAAAGAUGAACCAAAACGGCACGAGUGCUCGUAUCUUCUACCGGUAGCAGUGUCAUGGUGUUCGGACGGAUCCUUUUGCAAUUGCUGUAGGGAAGUUACGCAUGUUGUACCAUAUAGUACUAAAUCUACUGCAGUACAUUACUCGUACUCGUACUUCUCGAGAACAUCUUCACAUCAAGCAAGGAGGCCUUCGAACAACAAGGCAAGGCGUAUGGAACGAAAGGUUCGAGGUCACCGUAGAGAGACCUCGUUCAAAAGCUGCCUCGUUGCGCGGUCACGUGCGGUUUUGUCGUGUUUCGAAUCGAUCGAAUCGAAUCGAUCGAAUAAAAUCACUGUGAAAUCGAAUUCCUUCCUUGUGUGUUUUGUUUUGAACAUCAUUUUUUGUCGAUUGAUUCCGAACAAGAAACAACCAUCCCGAGCACCAAAACACGAACCAACUCUCCCACACCUCGGCUCCACACAGAGACACGACCAAAGACAAGCAGAGCAAAGCCAAGCCAAACAAACCAAAGCACACCCGGACGAGCGAACAAGCCAUGCCGGUGGAGGCCGGUUCCGAUCCGCGCGGUGCGGACGCAUCCCUUGGCACGUCCGCAACCGCGGCGGGCAGCGGGAGGCCCCACCACCACCCUCCCGGCGGAAGCCAAGCGCCGACCGCUCCGCAGGGCCUCCACCACCGCCCCACCGGCGGCCACCCCCCUCCGGAGGCGGGCGGGCCGCCGAGAAGCACAAGCAGCGGCAGCAACACGAUCCUCGGGAGGCCGGACCCCCGGCUCUGGGCCACCGUGGCGUGGAUGCCCCACGCGAGCCUCUCGCAGACCUCCCACGUUGCCGUCUCGGUCCGGGCCGCCCUGGCCACGGUCCACGGCGGAAGCGUCGGAAGCAGCAGCGGUGACGGCAGCAGCGAUGCCCCAACGCUUUCGUGGAGGGUCGGCGUCGCGAUCAAGGGCCUGGCCGGCCUGGAGCUGGCCCCGGUGGGCUCCGAGACGGGGUCCGCGCCCCUCCUCCCGCUGGGCCAUCUCCGGGGACACCCCUCGGUGACGGGGGCGACCCACGCGUGCGUCUGGGACCGGGGCGGCGGCAGCAGCAGCAACAGCAGCAGCCACAACAACAACAACAACAACAGCACUAGCCACAACAAUACUAGCAACUCGAACAGCCACAAGACCAGCGGGGGCCUCCUCCAGGUCCCCCUGCGGUGGAGGGACCUGCCGCGGGACGCCUGCCUGGAAUUCACCGUGGCCAGUGGCAACCGCCGCGGGGACGCGAGCUACGAGCCGGCGAGGCUCUCCCUCUUUGACGACUACGGGAGGCUGAGGAGCGGGCUCAACCGGGUCCCGCUGCGCUUUCGUGGGGGCGGACGGAAGCGGGGGGAGCAGCAAAAGCAUCAGGAACAGCAACCACCGCCACCACCACCAAAGCAGGGGUGGCAGCGCCACGACGACGAUCCGGUCUGGAAGGCGUCGAAAAUUCUCGAGCAGCUGGACCGGUUCGAGGACCAGAACAGCAGCGGCAACGGCAAUAGUGCGGCGGGGAGCAGAACCACCGCCCCGGGCCGCGGCAGCAAGCGACCGCCGCAACCAGCGUCCACCCAGCAGCAGCAGCAACAGCAGAACCAACAGCAGCACCCCCACCGGCAGCUCCACGCCAAGCCGCACAACCCCCGGCACUACUUUGGCGACGUCCCGAGCGUCCCCUGGCUCGACCGCAUGGCCCGGGACCACUGCGAGGAGGUCCUCGAGGAGGCCAGGACGAAGGCGAGGCACCUCGUGGCGUGGCCGCCGCAAACACCGGCUACGGGCAAAGCCGCAGGCGCGAGCGACGAAGCCAGGGACGACGCCCUCGACACGGCGGAGGACCCGCCCCCCGCCUGGCUGGUGGUAGAGAUUCCCUCCUUCGACGUCCCGGUCGUCCACGAGGAAACCUUUUACCCGGUCCCGCGCCACGGGCCCUCGGGGUCGGUCCACCCCUCGGAGGUCGCCGAGCACAAGCAGCAGCAACGCGAGCGGCAGCACGCGCCGCCGCCAACCACCUCCCACGAGCCACCCCCCUUCCACCCCCUGGGAGCGGUCCCCUUUCUGGACUACGAGAACGAGAACGACAGCCCCACCGACGACAAGUACCGGACCCUGGCCCACGACCUCCUCCGCGGCCUGGUCGACCCGGCCCUCAAGCCGGACCGGAAGCAGCGGGACAAGCUGGCGGCCAUCAUCGCCUCGCCCUCCCACCACCCCACCCGGGCCGAGAAGGACCUCCUCUGGCGCUUCCGCUUCUCGCUGGUCGACAACCACCGGGCCCUCGCCAAGUUCCUCCUGGCCGUCGACUGGACGGUCGAGUCGGAGGCCGUGCAGGCCUCGGAGCUCCUGGAGCAGUGGAGGAAGCGGAGCCCGAUCGCCGUCACGGACGCCCUCAAGCUCCUCGGCAAGCAGGUGGCCUACCAGACCAACCUGGUGCGGGCCUACGCGAUCGACACCCUCGAGGCCGCCCCCGACGAGGAGCUCGGCCUCUACCUCCUCCAGCUGGUCCAGGCCCUCAAGUUCGAGAACAGCCUGCAGCAGCAGCAACAACAAGAAACUACGGCCGAGGCCGGAUCCCCCCCGGUCGACUCCGGCCCCAAGAAAUCCUCCCUCGCUACCUUUCUCAUCGCCCGGGCCAGCAAGAACGUCCUGCUGGCGAACUAUUUGUACUGGUACCUCAAGGUCGAGCUGCAGGACCCGGCCCACGGGGCCCGCUACAGGGAAAUCUUCGACGGCUUUCGGGCCGUCCUGUCUGCCACCCCGUACCCGAGGGCGCUGGAGGGGGAGGCGGCCCCGGCCUCCCCUUCCCACCCCCGGUUCUCCUCCUCCUCGUCCUCCUCUCUGGCGGCCUCCGCGGGCCCCUCGGCCUCGUCCCUGGUCAACAAGCUCGGCGAGUCGGUGUCCAAGCUCGGCGACAAGCUCCUGAAAACGGACUCGGGCCAUCCGAGCGGGAACGGCGCCCCCGGGCAGUCCGGCAGAGCCGGGCAAAGGGCCCGCAGCAGCAGCCGCAGCGUCUGGGAGGUCCUCUCGGACCAGGACCGGUUCAUCUCCGGCGUCAUGGACGCCCAGAUGUCCUAUUCCUCCAAGGCCCGGCAGCCGGCCAAGGAGGCCCACCUGCGGUCGGUUCUGGAGGCCGAGGGGUACGCCCCCAGCCACUCCCGGGCCGGCUUUCCGAUGCCCUGCGCCCCCGAGAUCGUGGUCGACGGGAUCCUCCCGGAGACCGCCAGGGUCUUCCGGUCGGCCGUCUACCCGGCCCUGAUCGAGUUCCACGCGCUCAGGGUCGUGGACAAGGCCGCCUUUGCGCAAGACCCAAGGCCGUCGAGCAGGUCCGGCAAAAGGGGGGCCGCCCCCCCGCUCCCGAAACCACCGCCGCCGACGCUCAAGCGACCCGGGAGCUACCGCGUCCUCAUGAAGACGGGGGACGACCUCCGCCAGGACCAGCUGGUCAUGAUGAUGAUCAAGCUCAUGGACCGCCUCCUCAAGAGGGCCUCGCUGGACCUCUGCAUCACGCCCUACUCGAUCAUCGCCACCUCCCCGUCCUCCGGGAUGAUCGAGUUCGUGGAGGACUCGGUCCCCCUCUCGGCCAUCCUGGCCAACCACAACAACUCGAUCGCGAGGUUCUUCCGGUCGGUCGCCCCACAGGCCGGGGCGAGGCACGGGAUCCGGCCGGACGUCCUGUCCAGCUACGUGCGGAGCGUCGCGGGUGAGUUUUUGGAUCGAUCGGUCGGUCGGUCGGUCGGUCGUUUGUGGCUUCUGCUUGGUUUCGCUUGGCUUGGCGCGGGAACACCGUUUGGGGCAGACGAUCUCGAACUCACUCGCUUGGUCUUUUUGCCCGCUUGGUUUUGUCUCUUUUUUCUCUCUCUCUCUUUCCAGGAGGAUGCGUUCUCACUUAUCUCCUCGGUGUGGGAGACAGGCACCUCGACAACCUCAUGAUCACCAAAACCGGGAGAUUCUUUCACAUCGAUUUCGGAUUUUUGUUCGGAAGGGAUCCGAAACCGUUGCCACCGGCCUUUCGGCUGACGCGGGAAAUGGUCGAGGGAAUGGGGGGCUCCGAGUCCGCGGAAUACCGGCAGUUCUGUUCCCUGGCCUGCCAGGCCUUCAACGCCCUCCGCAAGUCGGCCGGCCUGGUCCUGAACCUCCUCCACCUGAUGAGCGACGCGGGGAUCGAGGACCUCUCGAACAACCCGUCGGCCGACGCGGACGGCGUCAUUGCCAAGGUCGAGGAGCGCUUCAAGCUGGACCUGACGGACGAGCAGGCCGAGCGCUUCUUCCUGGGACUCAUCCACGAGAGCCAGUCGGCGCUGGCGCCCCGCCUCAUGGACGUCUUCCACUCCAUUGCGGUGGCGCGGAGGUAGAAGCCGGCACACACGCGCAGCCGUUUGUGCACGGGGCGGGGGCGAUGGGAAAAGGGAACGGAAACGCCACCAAACCGAUCGAGUAUUCGAGUGUAUUUGAUACGGUGCCGUUCCCUCUGCUACCGAAAAACGUCUUGCGUUUCAGACUAUAAGCGAGCGAGCAUUCCACGCAAGAAGGUCCGGAGGUCUAAAUGCAGAACAUGACAAUUUGCCCUCUAAGCGGACUAAGAAAAAAGGAUAAACAGCCCCAAUCUUCCCAGAAUAUCUUUACCUCGAACGAAUUCGGCUUACUUCGUGGUACCUAACUAUAGAACGAUAUUAAAAAAAUAUUCCACCA